AUGCUCCAAGAUAAGGAUUUUCGAGUUAGGCUAUUCUUGGCAAGAAGGAUUGGUGUUCUUUUCCAGACAUGGAGUGGUCAUGAAGAGCUAUUCCAAGACAUUUGUUCAAAUUUUGAUGUUCCAUUGGUGAUAUAUUCAAGAGGAAAAGUUGUCACAGCAAAGGAGGUAGUGGCGGCUGGUCCUCAGUCUCAAACUGCAGUGGAAACUGUUGUCCUUACUCUUAUGCAUCUAGCCUUACAAAGUGACAAGAUAGAAUUGGAGGCCAUGUUUAUGAUAUGCGUGGUUUCAGCCAUGGACCCUUAUCAUAGGGAAUUGGUGCGUGCCAUAGUUGACAAUCUUUCUAAAGAACUCCAGUACAUGACUAGAACAAAGUACUUGGAGGAGCUUUUGGGACCUAUUCUAUUUUGUUGGGUUGCUUGCGGUGUAAGCUUAGUUGCACUUGUUGAGAGCCUUGUUAGUAUGUUGACGCUGCUGAUGGCAUUUUAA